UCUUUUUCGUUGCCCUGAUGCCUGAAUCCAUGGACCAAUUCAUAAAGGAAUUCAAGCCAUUGAAAAGAAAGAAAGACCCUGAGCAAGCAUGUCAACUACUUCAUCGUAUUGCGUCUCAGGUCAAACCCAUUAUGAAGAAGCGAUCUUGGAAGGUCACUCAGUUUUGUGAAUUUUUUCCUUCCAAUCCAAACUUACUAGGCUGCAAUGUCAAUCGAGGGUACAAGAUCAAUAUCCGACUGCGGCCACAUUACGAUGACACUCAAUUUCUCGAUUACAACGAUCUGUUGGGAACAAUGCUUCACGAGCUCGCUCAUAUCGUGCGAGGGCCCCACGACGUUCAAUUUUAUACCUUGUUAGAGGAAUUGAACAAGGAACUAGAUGAACUUAUAUUAUCUGGAUACACUGGUGAAGGAUUCUUGGCUGAAGGUCAUCGACUCGGUGUAGGGGUCAGUCAUAGCGUCUCUCCUGCCGAAGCCAGAAAGAAAGCCCUGGCCGCGGCCACCAGACGGAAACAGUUGCAACAAGUGAUGCUCCCCAGCGGAGGUCGACGAUUAGGCAGUGGAUCAGGCACUAUGGAAAAGAAUUUAUCGCCUCGUGAGAUGGCGGCCCGAGCGGCUGAAAAACGACUGCAAGAUCAGAAGUGGUGCGGUGGAUGUCAAACAGAGGAAGAUCCAGAUUCAGAGAGUCCCUCGACCGCACCGACCACACCAACCACACCAGUCACACCAACUACUGGAAAACGAAAACCGUCGGUCGAUGAUACGCGUGCUUCCAACAAGAAGGCGCAAACAAUGGUGACCACGGUGGCUUCCAACGUUUCUGGAUGGGCAUGCCCGACUUGCACCUUUCAAAAUCGGGAGGUUGUGUUGGCUUGUGAAAUCUGUCUCGCUGAAAGGCCGCACGAUAAAGACGCCAUCCUUCGUACUGCGAUCGGAUGGAUUUGUCCCCAAUGCACGCUUGAAGUGGAAGAACAAUGGUGGACCUGUCGUCUAUGCAGCUAUACCCGUCUUUGUUAACGACCUUUCUUCCCAAACCCAUCGCCCCAUCCCCCUUUCUGUACCCUUACUCUCAUUCAGUACGCUUUUCUCCAAAUCAUUCAUUCCAAUUAUAUUUGCAUAUCAUUCUACUAAUCUUCGCACAUCCAUCUCUUUUUUUUUACUUUUGUAAUAAAUGAAUCAUAUCCAUUCUAUGAACAGG